AUGGUAUUAUCCCAAUCUCAUCCACUUCAUCAUCAUCAUCAUCAUCAUGACCAUUUUGAUGGAAAUGAACGCUCAUUUUUGUCAAUUUUAACUGAUCCAAUCGUCAGUUUGUUCCGAUCGAUUCCAAUUGAAAUCCUCGAUCAAAAUGAGGAACUGAGUCCAAGUCAAAAAGAAUUUCUUGAUGAUUUUGUGGACAUUCAAGUGGAAUGCGAUUUUGAGGAUCCUAAAGAACUCUUGGAACUUCAUGAUGAAAUAGUUCGUAACGAAGUCGAAGAUGUUCUUAAUGGGAUUCUUGACAAAAUCGAAGAACAUGAUGACUUAUCUACACAAGAUAUUGAAUCUUCUUUCGUUGAUGUUCCUCAAAUAAUUAUUCACGAUGAAGAAGAAUAUCUGAAUCCAUAUGAAAUCAAUACUCAAUCUUUCAAAGAAGAGAAAGAGAGACUUCAAGAGAUUCCAGUGGAACUCACAGAUUCUGGACUUUUUUCUGAUAUUGAUGAUGUGGAAAAUGAAGAAGAAAGUACUGCUGAAUUAGAAACGGAAGACUUCAUUCCAGUUCAGCUAUUUGAUCAUCUCAAAUCCGAGCCACCAACUGAAGAGCCUAUCAAAGAAAUUACGACUUUCACAAGCUGCUCAUUCAUCAGAUCUCAAUCAUCUGCUCGAUGCAAAAUUAUUCUUCCUGAUACCUCAUUUAUUUGUACUCUACCUCCUGUCUCUGCUACAUUCUCGGCACCACCAAUCGUCCCAACUAAAAAGGUUGUAAAAAGAAAAAAAUCAGUGUCUGCUGCAACCAAAAUGGCGGCCGAAGUUCUUCAAAACGAACCACAUUGCUUUAUUGCAUCCUCUUCAAGCAUUGAUCGACCAUUCAAACUACUUGUCCAAAAAGAGACAUUCCUGAUUGAUGCGGAGUCAAUGAGCAGAAUUUCACCGAUUUUUAAUGUGAUGUGCUUUGGAAAAGAUUUUGAAAAAAUGGAUUUGUCGAGAGAAAUUGUGGACGAAAAAUCGAACGAUAUUGACUGUUUCCUCAGAGCAGUUCAUGAUACGUCAAUGAUUAAUUCCACCAACUUUGCUCUUGUGCUUCGUCUCUCCAACAAAUAUCAAGUUGAUCCUGUCAUCGAAGCCUGCCAGAACUUCAUCAUUCGUCAGCAUUUAGAUGUACUUCGAGCCGAUGAAAUUCUCACAAUGUUGAUUGCUGCAUUCGAGCAUCAUUGCAAAAAAGAAGUCGUUCAGAAACUAAUCAAACGACUCGCUUCUGAAGGAAAUAGUGUAUUCACUAAACUGAAAAUCUCUCGUUACUUGCCAGCUCAAGUAUACGGAUCAGUCAUCUCAACAUCGAUGAAUUUGAAUCAGAUCAAAGAACACGAACAAAUGAAUGGACAUGUUCUGAAAAUGGAAAGAUCAAAAAUCCGUUGGCGUCAAUCAGUCUGCGAAGAAUGCAAGAGUGUUGCCGAGUGUGCAAAUUGCGAGGAAUGCAAAAAGACGGUGUGCCGAAAUCACUUGAGCAAAUUCAAGUGUUCCAGUGACUACGGUACGAAACUCGCCGCCGGUUUGAAGAAGAAAAUUGUGGAUUUCGAAUGGCAAGAUUAA